CAGUCAUGUGAUCAAAUCCCUCAACGGAAAACUGCCGUAAGCUGCCUCCAAAUCUGCCGACAGUCCCCUCCUGCUCCUCAGAGUCCUUCUUCCCCACCGAGUCAGAAACUCUUCCCCUCAAAAGCUCGAAGCUUUUCCCACUUCUCAUGCACCCAUACAUUCCCCAAUGGCUCACCGUCCUGAUGGGAUAUUUGGUUCCUCUCAAUGCCAAGCUAGAAGAAGACGCUUCACUCCCAAAAAUACCCCUCUCCCGAGGCCCGAAUUACAUCGGCCGCAACACCACCGCUUCCCUCUCAGACAAACGACUCAGCCGGAAGCACCUCGCUCUCACUAUCGAUGCUAGUGAUUCCGCCGUUUUGGUCGUGGAGGGGACAAAUCCCACUGUUGUGAAAUCCGGGAGUAACAGGAAGAAAUUGUUUCCGAAAGAAAAUGCAACGAUAUGCAAUGGUGAUGUUAUAGAGCUGAUUCCGGGGCAUUUUCUUUUCGAGUAUAAGACAUUGUCUGAUAAUGAAAAUGGAAAUAAUGUGCGUGUUGUCUGUGACCAUAAGAGGGGAUCAAAUGAUGGUGGAAAGGCCGGUGAAGUUGAAGAAUUGGCUCGAAAGAGGCCACGUCAACUAGUGUCUCAAGAUAAAGGUUCCGAAAGGAGUUUGAAGGCUGAGGUGGAAGGAAGCAGCUCGGGGGCUGAUAGAGACGGUGGCAGUGUGGAGGCCAUACGCCAUUUUUGUGUUCCUAAUGAUCAAUUACCACAGACCUUUCGGCUUUUGAAUGUGCAAGGACUUCCCCCAUGGGCAAAUACCUCUUGUGUUUCUAUAAGGGAUUUGAUUCAGGGGGACAUUCUCGUUGCUAUCCUUUCCAAUUACAUGGUAGACAUCAAUUGGUUGAUCCCUGCAUGCCCAUCAAUUGCCAAGGUUCCACAUGUGUUGGUUAUUCAUGGUGAGGGUGAUGGUACACUGGAUUACAUGAAGAGAAAGAAGCCUGCGAACUGGAUUCUACACAAACCGCCAUUGCCCAUUUCAUUUGGUACACACCAUUCAAAGGCCAUGAUUCUUGUUUAUCCUCGAGGAGUGAGAAUCAUUGUACAUACAGCAAACUAUAUACAUGUUGACUGGAACAACAAAAGCCAAGGUUUGUGGAUGCAAGACUUUCCCUGGAAAGAUCAAAAUAAUCCAAGCAAAGGAUGUGGAUUCGAAAGUGACUUAAUUGAUUAUCUCAGUGCACUGAAGUGGCCUGAGUUUUCAGUUAAUUUUCCUAAUCUGGAUAGCUUCAAGAUCAAUCCGUCAUUUUUCAAGAAGUUUGAUUACAGUGAUGCAGCAGUGAGGCUAAUUGCAUCUGUCCCUGGAUAUCAUACGGGUAACAACAUGAAAAAGUGGGGGCAUAUGAAGCUUCGCACUGUUCUUCAGGAGUGUAUUUUUGAUAAAGAGUUUCGGAAAUCUCCUCUUGCUUAUCAGUUCUCCUCCCUGGGUUCUUUGGACGAGAAGUGGAUGGCUGAGUUUAUGUCUUCAAUGUCAUCAGGCUUAUCGGAAGAUAGAACUCCUCUCGGUCCUGGGGAGCCACUCAUAAUAUGGCCUACAGUAGAAGAUGUCAGAUUCUCUUUAGAGGGCUAUGCAGCUGGAAAUGCCAUUCCAAGUCCACUAAAGAAUGUGGAGAAAGACUUCUUGAAAAAGUACUGGGCUAAAUGGAAGGCAAGCCAUACCGGCCGCUGUCGUGCAAUGCCACAUAUAAAAACAUUUGUGCGUUAUAAUGGUCAGAAACUUGCUUGGUUUUUGCUAACUUCAGCAAAUCUUAGCAAGGCUGCCUGGGGCGCUCUCCAGAAGAACAACUCACAGUUGAUGAUCCGUUCUUAUGAGCUGGGAAUUCUAUUUCUACCACGUAAAACAUGCAGUUUUGGGUUUUCUUGUACGAGCAAUGGGGUUCCAUCUAAGGAUAAAUCUGGACGGUCAGAAACUUCUGAAGCAUCGAGAACAACACUCGUGACUCUGAACUGGCAAGGAAACAGGAAUACAGAUUCAUCAUCUGAAGUAAUUAAAUUGCCCGUGCCUUAUGAACUCCCUCCUCAGCCAUACACCGCGGAAGAUGUGCCUUGGUCUUGGGACCGGCGGUAUAACAAGAAAGAUGUUUACGGUCAAGUUUGGCCGCGACAUGUUCAGCUGUAUGCUGCUCAAGACUCCUGAAACUCUUGUGUGUACUUGACAGCCAUGUACUUACAAUCUUUUCUCAGCUCUUUAAAUUCGAGCAUACUGAGCUUUUCUUACCCUCAUCUUUUAUGAGGCUAGAAAUAUUUUCUUUUAGUGUGAUGGUUAAACCGCCACGUAUGAAUGUCACGGUCAGGACUGGUUCUAGGGUCGUUUAGUUGUUUCCUUUUGGGCUUCUGCCCCACAUUCUCACAAGAACUAGUAAAAGAUUCGGCUUUGAUGUGUUCA